AUGGAUCCAGCACUUUUGAAGCAACAAGCCGCAUUCAAGCAACGUGCCGCUCGAGCCGUCGAAUUGGCCAGUCGUAAACACGAAUCCCCGUCCACGUCGCUGAGUUCACACACCACUUAUGAUGCUGAAGCAAGCCGUAAGAAGAAGAAACGACAGCAAGCAGACCCGCAACUCGCUGCAAAAUCCCUAAGCGAAUUCAACUACAAGGCAGCGCAAUCGUCAGCGAACGCCGCCAACUUCGGUACAAUGGCAAAGAUCGUUGAUUAUAUGAAGAAGCGUCACCUGACCGCUCAACAAUGGCCACUGAGUUUAUCGGAGAUUCUGGAAGAGUUACAAGUGUACGAUCUGAGCAAAAAAUCUGAAGCAUGGUUACAACAGGUGAUAUUUAUGUUUUGA